CCGCGUGACAGCACGCCGCGAGAGGACACAGAAUAACAGUUGAUGGCAACCAAGACUUGUCUGAUGUACAAAAGAUGAUGUUUCAAAAGUUGUGUUCACUAGCCGUGCGAUGGAGAAGAACUUCUGCUCUAGUUCAGUCCGUUUAUAGAAAGCACCAGGUCCAAUUGAGAUUACUGGACCUCAUCAGUAGACCCAUCAGCACCAGCUGGAGAACCAGGAAGGAUGAAGCAGAAAACGAUCCCGCUGAAAAGCUUAACUUGGAUAUUUGGAAAUCGGUGAUGCUCAAAUCUCAAGCCGUACAUGAGGAGAGAAAGAAUGAUGACGAUUUGACCCCUAACCCCGAAGUGGAGCCGUCUCUUCUGGAGGCCAACCGAGAGCUGGUUGAGAUGUGGCAUCAAGCGGGGAAGUUUGUCCCGAAGAACAUCACGGACGAACAGCUGGACGUUCUCUCCGGCUUGACCACAAAGUCUGCCAAGAAGAAGUUCUUGAAAUAUCUGGCCAUCAAGGAAGGACACAAGUUGUCCAAGAAGGAGAAGCAGGAAAAGAAGAAGUCUGAGCGGAAUCUGGAAGCAGAUGGGGAAUCGGAAAGAGAGGAAGGAGAUACGUUGAAGAACACGUUCGUGUUGAAGUUCUGGAGUCGAUCCAUGGAUAAGCUCCUGAACUGGCGUGCGGCGCAGGCCAUGCGCUUCGGUCAACCGCUGGUGUACGAUAUGAGCUACGAGCAGCACAUGACGCAACGAGAGAUCGAAAACACCAUUUCGCAGUUGCUGGAGACCGAAGGCUGGAACCGACGCGUUGUCGACCCGUUUCACCUGCACUUCUGCAACCUUCAGCCUGAUGGGGCGUAUUACCGCGAGCUCCUCAAACGCUACGGGACUGAGACCUGGGAACGCCUGCUGAUCACGACCACCGCUAGCCAACACGUGGACGUGUUUCCUCCUGAAAGGCUCGUCUACCUCACGGCCGAUUCGCCAAAUGUCCUGCGCAAGUUUGAUCACAGUAAGGUGUAUGUAGUGGGUGCGAUGGUGGACCGCUCCAUACAUUCGGGCGUUUCGUUGGCCAAUGCAAAACGUCUCAGUCUCGCCACGGCCCGCCUUCCUCUCGAUGAAUACCUGGACUGGGACUGUGGUGCGAAAAAUCUGACGCUGGAUCAGAUGAUCCGCAUAUUGACCACGGUGAAAGAGACAGGAAGUUGGCAGAAAGCACUCGAGUUUGUGCCAAAAAGGAAACACGCCGGUUUUCACCAGCAGAGAGACUUGAGAACCGGAACCAAAUCCAGGACGCUCGCAGACGGAGAGGAAAACCGGGAGAGAGAAAGAGACCGAAUCUUUGUGAGUAAACGCAGAACUCCGAAAGGUCAUUUUGUCCAUCAGGAAUCGGAGAUCCGUUUGUCCAGCAGAAUUCAGACAGUGCUGAAAAUCAAAUCAGACAGACACAAUAAAGGCUGAGAUCGGAGGAACUCGUGGGGGGACGAAUAAAACUGUUUUACAUCAUUGAUCCUGUAAACAAUAAUUGCUAUUUUCAUUGUAGUCAAUAUAAAUAAAUAAUGUGCACAGAUGCCUGUUUUAAAGUUUUUCCAAAACUGAACAAGUGCUUUGAAAUUUGCAGACAAAAAUUUGACGAAUAUUUGCACUGCACAUAUUAUUACAAUCAGUAAAAACAUCAAACUGAUCAAAUACUCAUGUGUCAUAUGUUGUUGGAAAGCUCUUAAAGAGUAAAAUACAACCAGACUAUUUGUUUUACUCACUGAUGAAAAUAUAGCGAGUAACAGCUACAUAUAUGUCUUUGAGUAUUAUGUUAGUGUUGCUGAUAUGGCGCAUUUUUGCUUAUAACUUGACAAAUAAUCAACAGAACGUAAAGUAUCACAUAUGAUUAUUUAGAGUCUGUGAUUAUCUUUCAAUCGAGUCCACACACAAGAUAAUCAGGUGUAUAGAUCAUUAGAUAAUCCACAUGAAGCACAAUGUUACAUAUGACCACCAGGAGAUGGCGCCAAAUACACGACACAUACUCAAUGAUGACUCAAAUGACACAGAAUGAAACUCAUUCUGUGAAAUCUCAUGAGUAAAAUCAUGUCUGCAUGCUAUGCAAACCUUUAGUCAUUGUUGUGUUUGCAUGUGUAAUUAGUUCUUAUGUACAAUUAUUAUCUUUUAUUUGUUUGGAGAUGUUUUUGGACACUAUGAUACAUUAUAUUUGUAAUGUUGGAACUUUUGAUUGCUUUGUUGAAUCAACACAAAAUGUUUUCAUUUUUUUCGGAACCACCUUAUUUAUAUCAGAUAUAUAUAGUCAUAAGAAAAGUACGAUUGUUUUUAAAGACAAUUUUUUGUGUGAUUUUUCAGCAGUUUCUUAGGCUGAGAGUGUCAGAAUGUGUCAUAAUCUAUAUCAGGGGUCGGGAACCUUUUUUCGCUAAAGAGCCAAUUUUUUAAUUUUUGAUUGAUGCAUUUUUUUCGAAAGAGCCAUAACACAAACGAAUAAUUUACUAUUUUACGUUUUUCAAUAAAAUAAAAUGUUUAUAUUGCCCAUAAACUACUCAAAAACAAACAAAUAUGCAAAUAUUACCAGGUAACGUUGCAAUAUGGAAUUGAGUUCACGUGUUUGUGCGGGUCUCCGUGAAAUUACUUAAUUUUACUUCAUGAAAAAUGUAACUUCCCUUUUGUGCGAUAUGCAAAUAACAUUUUAAUGAUAAUCCGUAAAAUAUCAAUAUCCGAUUAUCUGGUCAAUCCCCAAGACCAGUGAAUAUUUUUGCUUUACUGAUUUUGACUUUAAAAAUUAAAUACGUUUAUUGAUUCACGAAAAACUUGAAAAUAAGACAUUUCUAAAUUCAAAUUGCACUUUAAAUUAAACGGAAAAGCAAUACAAAUAACGAAGUGAUAAAACAAAGCGUAUAUAUAACCCCUCCCCAUAUCCAGACAUUUACCUCCACCGGCAACAUUUGCCAUCACGCAAAUACAACUUAAGAACUAAAGACAAUUAUAAAUGUAAAGAUAAUUAUAAUAAUCAUCAUAAUAAAUUAGCCUAAAAAUUCUUGAGUUCCCAAAAAAUGUGUGUUCUUAUCGAACGUGUGUGUUAAUACAGUUUAUGCUGCCUAAAGAAUAAAAAAUAUAACUCAAUUUUAGGUUCAAGGUCAACGUGUCGUGUAUUAACUUAUUAAAUCACUUUUGUCUUUGUUUAUUUAAUACGCGUUGCGUUUACAAUGUGUAAGAGCAAACCGUUCCGUCACAGCACCUCACGAGAUGAUCGGAGAUCAUGUGCAGCGUUCUCAUAGAUGACAUUAUUCUUGAAAACCGUUUUCAGUUGAAUGAGACUGAGAACAACGAGUGAAAACUCUUAACAUGCGCUUGAUUCACGAGACAGGGUCCCGUUACACGCCUCUGAACAGUGAAUCAGACACAAGCACUGACGGCUUUUCUUUCAUCUGUUCUUCACAAUAUAAUCACGCUUCGUCAAACGCGCGUCUUUGUGUCUAAUGUCUUGUUAUAUAUCUCUCCGUCAAGUCUUUCAGGUCGUCUUCCACAGUGGCUGGAACAUCAGCAAAAUACUCGACAUGAAUAAUCCGCAUUUGGCGGGUGUUCAUUCCAAACCUUGUUCACCAGGAGUAGGCUGUAAAAUUCAGUUAUUGUCAUUGACUUCAAGCUUUGCAAUCGCGCUCACACUUUCUGUUGGAAAAGUGUCUCUAGGAAGUUUUAAAGGUUUUGUGUUGGUGAAUGGUGAGAGACCCGGCGAGCCACUUGUGGCUCAUGAGAUUCCCGACCCCUGAUCUAUACCAUUACAAAAUGUGAAAAGUUUUCUUUACAAUGAUACCAAACACGUGACACUUCUUGUUUGUCGAGUUAUACACCUUUACUUGUAGGUAUGCCACUGAAACGGAAAUCUUUCAAAACACCUUCAGAGCUUAAAGGGAUAAACUAGCAGGUCUUUGAUUUGCUGCGCAAAAAGAGAUUUUCAGUGAGUAACGACUUAAAUUUGGGUCGGUUCAUCAUACCAAAUUAUCAAAUUACUUCGGAAGAGUCAUAUGGGUCACGUUAAAGAUAUGUA